UUUCACGACUUGGCUAUUAUUCUGCACCAGAUCCUCUUCAUCUUCUCCACUAAGCAAACACUAGAAUAAAAGAUGGAGUUAAUCUUCCUUUUAAGGAACGGAUCUGCUCCAUUCCUGUAGUCUUCACCGUAACCAGCGCCCCUGCUCUAGGUGCCCUCGGAAAAUCAGUUUGCUGGAGGGAUGAAUUUGAAGCACCUGCCGUCGACACACGUCGUACCGGCCCCAUGUCAUUACCACCAUCGUUUUGGACAGGGCGAUGAAAUGCGGAUGAAGCAUCGACCCGAAGCUUCCCCGAGCGCCGAUGAAACACUACACGACGUUGUGCCUCCAGGUCGUGUACGCGCUGUGCGGGCUGCGGCCAAAGCUGCGGUGCCAUCUCUGGCCGAUGCCCGCUGGAUCAAGAACAAGUCCCCCCCUGCUUUGUUUCCUUCGACAGUGAUGAGUAGCAGAUUCGGCCGCAAGCUACUUGACGAUUUGCGGCAGAUUGCAAUUGCUAUUUGUGCUUUCUUCCUGCAUAGGUCACUUGUUGGUCACGUUUGUAGGUUUCAAGAUGUCAACCAGCAGGUUUGCAACCUCCCUGCGGACUCUUCAGCAAUGUUCGGAAAACCAAUGCCUCCUAGAAAGCGGCCAAGAGCCGCCCUUGGUCUCUAAGCAUCUUCAGCCGAGGCGUGCUGCAGGUUCUGAGCCUGAAGUCCUCCUCCAGGAAGCUGGAUAUCUCUGCUAUGGCCGUCUACGAGGUGAAGCUGGUGACCCUGGAAGGGCAGGAGCACGAUUUCGACACUGGACGACACCUGCAUCUUGGAUGCCGCGGAGACGCCAGCGUGGAGCUGCCCAACUCGUGCCACCUGGGGGCAUGCUCCACCUGCGCCGGCAAGAUCGAUUGCGGCACGGUGGACCAGUCGGGCGGUUCGUUCCUGGACGACGCGCAGCAGGAGGAAGGCUACAUGCCGACCUGCGUGUCGUACCCCAAGUCGGACUGCGUCAUGCACACACCCACAAGGAGGGCGACCUGUAUUAGGGGUCUCGAUUGUCCUUUCGUCGUUAGUCCAGUUUCAUUAAGAUAGGGAGAACCCAUGGAGAUGCCAGCAAAGGCAGAAUAAGGAACAUCUGUGACGGCAUAGAAUGCAGUUUCAUGUGUUUUUGCAUAUAAUUUUUGCUGCUGUUUUUGCCGGGUCAUCCUGACGUCUUUGUCGUUUGCCUGCCUUGUCCAAUGGCUGGGGUUUACUAAUGCCUAUGGCAUCGAUAGUAGCAAUUUGUAUCUGUGGCCGAUGUUGGGUCGGUAAAUUAACAUAUA